AUGGUCGACUCUUUCUGUUAUCCCAAAAGAUCCAUCAAAGUGGCACCUUUUGGUAGCCAGAUCGACUUUAUAGAAAAAACAUUAGUCGAAAUCGAAAACCAACCUCCUAGACAUUACACAUACACCAACCAGAACACAAGACGUCAUAACGCUGUUCCAUUUAAGCCUAAUAUGCCGGCAAAUCAACCUCAAGUUGCUCCCUCUGUCCCAAGUGUAUUUGGAAAUGUUCCUUCAGAGAUGGCUCGCAGUACUUAUUCCGAAGGAUACCAACCCAUGCCAUAUGUCCCCCAAAUUCCAGCAAAUACCCUGGAAAAGCAACCACCGUCUCCUAGAAUCACUUCCAACCCACUGAUAUACACCACGUUCGAUCCUUUCCAACCAACAGACUACAAGACUGACACCCAGCUCGCAUCGGGUCCGCUUUCUGGGUACCUCUCGGGAUCUCUCAGCUCCACCGCAACAUCCAGCAGCAUCUGGGGCAAUAACGACAGUCAUCGCAGCUUGAACGAUGCUACUGUCUGGGGCUAA